AUGAAGCAAUGCACUGGGCUAAAUGCAACUUUGGAAAAGGAAGAAGGGAAGGGUUAUCAAUAUGACAAUUGGUUGAACGCUACUGUUACUAAGUCUAAGUUGGUUCUACGGCACUGGACUGAUUCUGGCUCAUCGAAAAUUGUGCCGGUGGCUUCUACAUCGAUUCUAGAUUUGGGGCUUGAUCAUGGGCAAUUUCAAGGGGAUUCUAGGCACAAUGGUGGGCCAGAAAUCAGGGACUGCAAUCAAAGGAUCUCUACUAUUAAUGAGAGAAUUCUGGGAGAGGCCUCUAUGGUUAGUGAACUAUAUGAAGUGGGCUUAACCUCAGAGUAUCCAACUACGGUUCAUAUGGAGCAUUUGGAGUCUGUGGUAAACACGGACUCAUUCACUAAAGACUCCAAGGACCCAAUUCCACGGGAAGACAUUUCUUUUUCUGGAGAAAAGUCUCUGUCUUCCGAGCUACACAUUGGGACAGUUAGGGCUUUGAAGUUGGUUAGCAAAGGUAAAGGUAAAGGGACGUGGUCCCGCAAGGCUAAAACUUCUACUCUAGCUGAAAAUUGGGAAAUCCAGGAGGUUAAGGUGGGUGGUAAGAGGCAGAGAGAAGACCUAGGGUGGCCAACAAAUUCUGGAAAAGGCAAUGCUUCUUGUAAGAAGGCUCAAGUAUUACAAUCUACAUCUCUCAACUCAUCAUUAUCAGCGGAGACUGUUGAUUAG